AUGGUGCGCACUAAACGCCCAGAGCAGCCCCAGACCCCAAGGAUAGCCUCCCAGGGCCCGCUGGACGGUUAUCUGCAGCAGCAGCCAGGGGUUAGCGGAGACUCUGGCAGCCCCAAGAUGGCGGCGGCAUCCACUCCGGGACAGGGGAUGCCGGCCCUAGACCGGAUUGAGGGCACCCUGAGGGACCUGGCAGCCUCCAUGGCGACUAAAGCUGACUUACAGGUGAUAACUACCACCAUCCAAGAUACAUUGCGGACAGAGAUCGCGGGGAUCCACACAGAGCUCACUGCGCAGGCAGGCCGCAUUACCGCGACGGAGGAAGCAACUGAGGCCCUCACGGCCCGCGUGGCAGCCACUGAUAACGCUGUAGCACGCCAGGGCGGGAUGCUGCUUUCCAUACGUCGACAUCUGGAAGAUGUAGACAAUAGAGGUAGGAGACCCAAUAUCCGGGUCCGUGGGGUACCAGAAACCGAGGGGCCAGAAAACGCAGAGGGUCUACUAACAGAAUUAUUCUGCUCUCUACUGCUACCAUCCCCACCGCCAACUAUAGAAUUCGAGAGAGCGCAUAGGGCCUUGCGGCCUAGAGCAACUGAAGAAGGGCCGCGUGACCUAAUAUGCUGUCUACACUCAUUCCCGGUGAAGAACUCCAUCAUGGCCAAAGCCCGGGAAAGACAGAAUUGGCCCUUUAGGGGAGCGCAAGUAUCGCUUUAUAAUGAUUUAUCCCCCAUAACGUUGGAAGCAAGGAGAGCCCUCCGCCCGGUUACAGCGACAUUGCGAGACCGCAAUAUACCAUAUAAAUGGGGAUUCCCCUUUGCACUAAUGGCUAGACACCAAAAUAGAUGGAUCACCAUGAGAUGGCCGGAAGAGGUACCACGGUUCAUGAGGGAACUGGGCCUCCCCUCACAUUCGGUCCCCAACUGGAUCCUGGGGACACUAGGCCCGCAACCCAGACCACAGAGAGGGUCCAGACAGCGUGAGGUGAGAACUCAUCCGGCUCACAACAGCGGAAGGCGUGGAGACCCGACUUUCCCGGAGGAGUGA